AUGCCGCUCGGCACCGAGCGCCAGCUGCUCUGGACCGAAGUGGAGAUGGACCCCACUGCUUGCAGUCCACCCACGAGUGAUACUACGGCGAAAGCCUGGGAGCCGCUGCGGUACGACCCUGACGAUCCGCCGGAUAAAUGCUACGAGUCCGAGUCGGAUAGCAAUGCGGAGGCGAAGCUUACCUACAUAAUGAAGGGGUCCACGCCCAUGUGGAUUAAGAAAAUUGUGGUUUUCGGACGUACAGACGGCACAGGAGACCAGUUGGGCGGACAAAAUGUCUACGUGGAUGACGGAGCGGGAAACUUUGACGACCUGGGCACGCUGCCGGAAUCCAUUCCGUCAACCGGGGCUCUCUUCAAAGUGGACCGGGCUGCAAAAAAACUGCGGCUUGGUGGCAACAAAGAGAUAAUCAGCCUCUGCGGCAUUGAAAUUUACGCCCAAAACAUUGAAUUCCGGUUCGCGCCCCUUGAGUUGCAGGUGCAGCAGAGCGGGGCGGAUGACAAGAAUGUGUACGACAUUCCCGUUGAGGACCGCAAGCCGCUCGACUACCAGGGGGCUAGUACAGAGUGGAAUGAGAACGCGGCGCUGACCUCUUGCAGAGAAAUCAAGGCUGAUUCGAACGGCGAGUGGUACUACAAAAUCAAACUGCACGCGUUUGAGUACGUCACUCGUGCGCACCUUUUCUCGUGCAAGGACAACGCCAAAGGAGGCCUCACCGUGAAGAAGGUGACUAUGGCGUUCUCAACUGUUACACUCUCAACUGUUGCGCGGAUUUGUGAUGCAAGAAUGGCAAAAAUGAAAGGGGUCACCUUGCGGGUCUUGCGUGACAGGUCUGGCAAAGAUUCCGAGCCUGUUUGGCUCUUCGAGAAUUUGUCAUGCGAAGCAGCUUGAUCGCGUCGAUUCUGAUUCUGAUUUUGCAUUACAAAUCACGUAACAGUUGAGAGCGUAACAGUUGCAAGCGCCAUAGUGACCGUGUUGGAGACAGCGGAGGCGAUAUACGAGCGGGUGGAUCCAGGCAGCGCAGACCCGAAGACGGUGGAACAGUGGGUGGGGGACGUGAGCGCCGACCCCGGACUCGAGAAAGGGGGGACCUGGAUUCCCAUCUAUCGGUUUACGGACGAGGUAGUGUUCCACUUCCUCAAGCCCGGCACGGACAGUCAGGAUUCCGUGUACCUGUGUGGACUCGAGCUGUACUACGGGGUGAAAGACUACAACAUGCAAGAACAGGAGAUCGCCAAGAAGGCCCUGCGGGAUGCCGUGGCAACGGCCGACCAGAGCGCGCAGUCAAUGAAGGAGGAGGCGGCAACCAUCACCGCGAAUAUCGAAUCCCUGCGAGACGAGAUCGAGGGGUUGAAGUCCCAAAGCGCCACCUUCGCAGCAGAGAAACAAGCUCUGAUCGAGGCUAUGCAAAAGGUGCUGGGCCGCGCGGAAGCGAAGUUGACGGCGCAGCAGGAGGCUAUCCUGUGCAAAAGUAUCAUACUCGUAGUAAUUGCAAACAUGCAUUACAAAUUUUGUUCCUAAGCCAAAUCCGCAUUACAAACUUUAUUUCUCACGCUGAGAAAAUUUGUGAUGCAUUUAUACGAGUGCGAUCAUGCUUUUGCAAUGCAUAGAGGCCGAAGUCCACCAAAAAUAUGCAUUUUUGCAAAUAUGUCUGGGUCUCGAAAGUUGCAACUUGUGAUGCUACUUUCGGACUCUAAAAAAAUCUUUACCGAGUCUGUGCUAAGUGGGAAGGGCAUUUGUAGUCAUGCGGAAUAGGCAUGAUCAGGAAGCCGGCUAAAAAUUAUCUGUGAUGCUAAAGCAAAAGCACACAUCACAGACAUAAUAUGGCUCAUGCAAAACGUGCAUGACAAAGUUGCACUCAUCCAGACCCAGACAUAUAAUUUGCAUUUGAUAAAAAACAGGACUACGCCAGACAGACAGAGGAGCAAAAAACCGCGGCCCAACAAUUGGUGGACGCGUAUGACAGUGCACAACUCCCCCUCGUUGUUCUCAUUUCUCAUGCAAAAUCCACAACUCCUGUUGCUUCCUUGUAUCACUAUUAUGCAUGACAAAUUUAUUUGAUACAACAGAUUAUACGAUGAAUUUGUCAUGUACAGGCUCCAGGAUUGCUGGCGUUUGUGUUGCUGUUCAUGCAAAAAUACAAAUGAGGGGGAGGGGGACCACGAGUUGUGCACUGUCAUAACGCGCGCAGCGAAACCAUGAAGGGCCUCAAGGAAGCGGUGGCCGAAGCGGAAACCCAGCUGCAAGGUUUGGAAACGGUCAAGCAGACCGCCCGGGCGCAGCUGGAAGCGAAGAAGGAAGUAUUGAGAGGAAAAAUCCCCCCUCCCUAUAUUGAAAAGGUAUGUUUCCAAAAAUUUGUGUUGCGGAUUUGAGGUCACAAAUCACAUCUGUCUUGCAAGACGACAAGGGCAGAAGCUUUCGCCCCAUUAGGGAAGCGAUUUGUAAUGCUGGCGGGCUUAAAGGCAAGCCGUUUGCCAUGCUGAACUACUAGACCCAUACGCCCCUACCUAGCCUGGGUAUCUGGCCGCAGUGCCUCUCUGCAAUACAAAGCUGAUUUGUGGUCACAAAUCAGCAUCACGACAAAUUUCCGUUUUGAUAUGGGGAGGGGGGAUUUUUCAUUUUGAUAGGAAGCGGAGGUGGACGAGAAGGCGGCUAGCAUGAAGGAGGUGCAGGACGUAUUCUGAGUAAAAACGUCCCCGCCCCAUAGUCAAGUUGGGAAUCUAGCAACACAAAUCUUCAAGUUUUGGGAGCUGUGCAUGACAAGUUCUUUCCCUUUGCAGUGUAGUGCUAGGUGGCAAGGGAAGCCGCAUGACAAAGCUAUUUCCUCAUCCUGUUUUCUGCAUUACAAAUUCCAAAACACGACUGAAAAUGCUUCUCAUGGAGCUGCGCAUUAGAAAUGUUCCUGUCAUUGCGCAUUCGCAUGACAACUCUGGUGUGCUGCAAUUCCUUUAGUAUGACAACUCUGGUGUGGGGACGUUUUUCCUCGGGAUAGGACGCGGCGGCGGUGGAGCGGGCGAAGAUCCUGGAAUUGACCAAGGGCGUCCAGUAUCCUGUGCAAAAGUGUCGUACUCGUAUAGAUGCAAGUCUUGCAUUACAAAUUUUUCUUGUUAAGGUAAAUCUGCAUUACAAAUUUUAUUUCUCAUGCUGAGAAAAUUUGUAAUGCAUUUUAUUUAUACGAGUGCGAUACAAUAUUUUUGCAGUUCAUAUCCAGGACAACGUGGAGGCUGUGGAGGGGAGCCGACCGGCCGUGGCCAUGAUGAAGGAAAAGAUGGCGUCUUAUUGUGAGGAAAAAUCCCCCCUCCCCUUAUCAAAACGGGAUAUUUCUGAAAAUUUGUGAUGCUGAUUUGAGGCCACAAAUCGUCUCUGUAUUGCCAGAAGGCAAAUCCAAAAGCCUGGCCGCGUUCUGCAGGCAAUUUUUAAUGCUGUAUGCACUCCGGAGGAUAUGAGUGCCUGCCUUGCUAAGCGCCUAGGCCAAAACGCCCCCACUCCGGCUUUGUAUCUGUUUGCAGUCCUCUACUGCAAGACAAACCCGAUGUGUGUACACAAAUCCCGCAUCACAGACUUCCAGUUCGAUAUGGGGAGGGGGGAUUUUUCCUUUUGAUACGUCUGCGGGCAAGAAGGAGCUGGAGAUCGCACAGUACCAGCAGGCGGAGCGGGUGCAGCUGCAAAAGGUGCUAUCCUGUGCAAAAGUAAUAUCGUGCUCGUAUAAAUGCAAGUCUUGCAUUACAAAACUUGUUCCCAAGGCGAACCAGCAUGGCAAAUUCCUUUUCUCGUGCUGAGCAAAUUUGUGAUGCAAUUUAUACUAGUACGAUACCUUUGCAAUGCAUAGGUGCAGAGCGCCGACAACUUCGAAGCGCACCGGGACGUGAUGGACCGGCUCCAGGAGCAGCACCUCCGCGGAGUGCAGCAGGAGGAAGAUCUGAUGGACCUUGCCAAGGUCGCGGAAGCGGAGUUUGAGCGCGUAAGGGCCGCGAACCUGGCAAAAAUAAAAGAGAUAAAGCAGACCGGAACGCAGAAGCUGAGUGAGCAGGCGCAGACGAUAUGGGACUGUCAGGAUUGAAAUUAACAAAGUUGAAAUAAUUUGUGAUGCAUAAAAUCUAUACCAGCUGGACCCACAGUUUCCAAUCGGCGCAUGACAAAUUUUCCUGGCCUCUGAAGCAAGUCUGUCAUGCUGUUUAGGGAAAGGUGGUUGCUCCCUGUCAUGCUAGUCAGCAGCCCAAUUCUUGACCCUCACCAGCACUAGAAUCUGCCUCCCUCGCGCCUUCAGCAAUAGAGUCACUUUUUGUAUCGCAUUUUAUGCAUUACAAAUUAUUUCAACUUCGACGAUUUCAAACCUGACGCUUCCAUAGACGACGCAGGAGCUGUACGACGAGCACACCGCCCUGAUGGCGGGCAUCCGGAAGAACGAGACGGAGGAAAAAAUCUAUCAACUGUAAAAAUGUCUGAGUCUGGAAGAAUGCGCGAUUUGUCAUGCUGCUUUUCCAUGACCCAUGAGGUCUGGAAUGCAGGACCUAGCAUGACAGACUCUGUGCAAUCUCUCUCAUGCCUACCCUGCAUGAGAAACUCUCUCCCGACUUGGUCAAAACUGGACGACUUUUGAUAAUCAUACAACACAGAUUUCCAGACAAAACACCAGACAUUUUUACAUUUGAUAAAAUCAAAGUCCGAGCGAUAGAAGUGGAGCUGAAGUCCGCCGCUCACGAGGCGCGGCAGGCCUCCGUGAACGAGCUGCUGCAGAAAAACCUCACCCGCAUCGAAGAGGCGUCGAAACUUAUGCAUUGCAAAAGUAUCGUACUCGUAUAAAUGCAUUACAAAUUUCCUCAGCAUGAGAAAGAAAAUCUGUAAUGCGGAUUUACCUUAAGAAAAAGAUUUGUAAUGCAGGACUUGCAUUUAUACGAGUGCGAUACUUUUGCACAGGAUAAAACUUCGCGAGUUGCAACUGGAGUUGGUGGACACGCUGUAUCAAAAUGAAAAAUCCCCGCACCCCAUACUCAAACUAGAAAUUUGUGAUGCAGAUUUGUGGUCACAAAUCAGCUUUGUCAUGCUAGAAGGGAAAAGAUGCGGACUGUAGUGCUGGUUGGCGUGGGAAAGCCUUGCAUCAUCAGCAUGACAGGGGGAGCUGGAAGUGGGAAACAGCAUGACAAAUUGCCUGCAAACGAGGCCACAGCUGCGUCUCUUGGCCUUCUGGCAUUACAAGUCAAUUUGUGUACUCAAAUACAGCAUCACAAAUUUCGUUUUCGAUAUGGGGAGGGGGGAUUUUCCCUUUUGAUACGCUGCAAAAGGAAAACGACCAGCGGGUGGAAUCCAACGCGCUUGCGAAGGAAGAACAGGUGCACAAGGAAAACACGACCCUCGUAUGCAAUGUAAAUAAUUUCCCGUACAUGUACAAAAUGCAUGACAAAUUUCGCUAACUUGAAGUGUCCGACUUGUCAUGCUAGACUGGGAUUGAAGGCAAGUUUUGUCAUGCAGAGACUGCAUUUGUACGUGUGCGGGAAAUUUACUGUGGAUACCUCGCAAAGCUGCGCACCGAGUUCGACCUGUUGAUGAACUCGAUCCGCGCCAACGAAACGGACACGAAGGUCGCUAUCAAAGUGAAAAAAGCCCCCACCCCAUAUAGAAAAGACAAUUUGUGUUGCUGGAUUUGUGUAUACAAAUGAGGUUUGUAUUGCAGCAAGAGCUUGCCGGCAUAUUCUGAGCCCAUUUGGGUACGCACCCUUGUUUGCGCUAUACAAUGCGCCACAUGGGUGCCGUUUGCCUUGUACGCAAGACAAAGCUGAUUUGUGGUCACAAAUCCGCAUCGUAAGUUUUCUUUUCGAUAUGGGGAGGGGGGAUUUUUCCUUACGAUAGUCGCCGCGCGGAACACGGAGGAACAGCAGAAGGUGAACCUGCAGGCCGAGCGGAAGGCGGAGUUGCAGGCGGAGGAGUCCUAUCCUGUGCAAAAGUAUCGUAUUCGUAUAAAUGCAUUACAAAUUUCCUCAGCAUGGUAAAUAAAAUUUGUAAUGCAGAUUUGCUUUCAGUAAAAAAUUUGUAAUGCAUGAUCGCAAUACGAGUGCGAUACUUUUGCACGGGAUAAGUCCGGCAAGCGGAAAUCCCGGGAGGAAGAGGUGGAGCAGAAGACCCGACUCUAUGGAAGCGUCAGGAUCGAAACCGUCAAAGUUGAAAUAACUUGUAAUGCAUGAAAUACAUGACGCGAAAUACGUGUGUUGCAGAGCAGGCAAGUGAGGCCGAUUGUAAGCCUGUCUGGGGUUUGAGCUCGAGCUGCUAAAGCAGCAUGAGAGAAUCCCUCUUCUUUGCCUCGACAGCAUUACAAACUGGAUUUAGGCACCACCAAAAUUUGUGAUGCGUCACUUAGAAACUGGGCUCUAACUGGCAUCCAAUUGAUGCAUGACAAAUCAUGUCAUAACUUUGUCGAUUUCGAUCCUGACGGUUCCAUAGACUCGCGCAGGAACGGAAAGCGGAGCUGAACCUGGAGAAGGCGGCCAAAGAAAAGGAGCAGCUCGAGGAGGAAGAAGCCAAGGUGAUGCAGCUGAAGAUCGUGAGGGCCGAGCGGCUAUGCAUUGCAAAAGUAUCGUACUCGUAUAAAUGCAUUUACAAAUUUCCUCAGCAUGAGAAAUGAAAUUUGUCAUGCGGAUUUACCUUGAGAAAAAAAUUUGGAAUGCAUGAGUGACUGCAAUUACUACGAGUGCGAUAUUUUUGCACAGGAUAGCGGCAGAUGGAGGACGCGGGCAAGCGGAAAAUGCGGGAAGAGGAAGUGCAUAUCGAUGUGUCAGGAUCGAAAUCGACAAAAUCGAAAAAUUUGUAGAGCAUAAAAUGUAGGGCAGCACUGAAGGCGUGUAUUGGGGAGCAGGCAAAUGAAACCGAUUGCAAGCUGCCUGUUUAGGGGUAUACAAUUCGCUGCCAGAGCCAGAGUAGCAUGACAGGAGCAGUGUUUUUUGCCCAAACAGCAUGACAGACUGGGCUUGGGUGCAGCUCCCGAAAUUUGUCAUGCGCCACUCGGAAGCUGAGGCCUCCAACUGGGAUCGAUUUUGUGCAUCACAAAUUUUUCGACUUUGUCAAAAAUUUCCAUUCUGACACUUCCAUAGUGCAGAACAAAACUUUGUCGAAGAUGCAAAUGACGGCCGAGAUUCAGGUAUCACAAGGAAAAAUCCCCCCACCCCAUAUCAAAAGGAAGUUUCUGAUGCUGGAUUUGCGUGCACAAAUCAGGUUUCUCUUGCAGUAGAGGACUUCAGGCUCCUGCCAAGCCUGAGGAGAGAGGUUUUGGCCUAGGCGCUUAGCAUGAGAAACGUCUAUGCUGUAGGCCCAACAGCAUCACAAACCGCCUGCAUGAUGCGGCAGAGCCUGUGGCGUCGUCUUCUUGCAAGACAGGCAUGAUUUGUGGUAUCAAAUCAGCAAGACAAAUUUUUGGAAACGUACCUUUUCGAUAUGGGGAGGGGGGAUCUUUCCUCUCGAUAUCAGGCGGAGUCCGCCAGCAAGCGCGCCUUCCGCGAUGAGGAGAUCAAAAACAAAACCCUUUAUCCAGGAAAAAACACCCAUCCCCAUCCAUUUUGUGCAUGACAGAUAGUGGAGUUUGUGCAUGUUUUGCAUGACAAAUUGGAUGGGGAUGGGUGUUUUUUUCUGGAUACCCUUGCGAUUGCCAUGAUGAAGGCAGAGGUGCGGAUGGAGGGCUCCCAGAAGGCAAAAGAGCGCGACGCGUAUCAAAUGCAAAUAUCUCUGGGUCUGGAAGAUUCCGAGGUUUGUCAUGCUGGUCCGGCAUGACCGUUAACUCUGUAUUGCGUGGCCACAAACAGGCAGCUCUCUCGCUUGUCAUGCAAAAACGCAGUUCUUCAUCCGGAAUACGCAGAACAGAAGCACGAAAAAACUUGUCAUGCUUGGCGACGCAUCUUCACAGUGCAUUCGUCAUUGACUGACUUGCUUUACAAGUUUCCAGACUCAAACAUAUUUGAUGCAGUGCAUACCGCGGAAACGCAGAACAAAACGCUGAUGACCGCCAUGCGGAAGGGCGAAGUGCGGAUGGAGGAGUCGCAGAAGGCCAAGGAGCGCGACGUGGAGACGCAAAACAAGACGAUCGCGACGGCGCAGCGCCGGUCCGAGGUGCAGGUGGAAGCGGCGCAGAAGGUAUCAACUGCAAAAAUAUCUGGGUCUGGAAGAUUGCCAGGUUUGUCAUGCAUAUUUUGAAUGAUCCACGAUGUCUGUGAUGCAUGCUCUAGCAUCACAGAUCUUUAGAGGACUUUGUGAUGCCUCUACCGCAUGAGAAAUGCCCUUUCCUUCCCGCGUAGCACAAAGAAACUGGAGUCCUCUUGCUGGUCAUGCAAUACAAUUUUUUUUUCAAUCCAGAGACCACAGCAUUACAAGUUUCGAAUCUUCCAGACCCAGUAGACAUUUUUGCAAUCCAUAGAAGGCUAUGAACUGCAAAAGUAUCGUACUCGUAUAAAUGCAUGACAAAUUCUCUCAGCAUGAGAAAUAAAAUUUGUAAUGCUGAUUUACCUAAAAAAAAGAAUUUGUAAUGCAAGACUUGCAUUUAUACGAGUACGAUACUUUUGCACAGGAUAAAGGCCAAGCAGCGCAGCGUGGAAACGUCCAACAAAACGGCGGCCGUUAUGGCGUUCUCAAACGUUACCUUCUCAACUGUUACAUGAAUUUGUCAUGCAGAACUACCAUCAAGAUCCACACGAGCAAGCUGCUUCGAAUGAGAAAUUUUCGACAGGCUAAACAGCACCGACAUGAUCUGUGCGGAAUUUGUAAUGCUAGAGGUGCAACUUGCCCCCUUUGACUUUUGCGAUUCUGGCAUUACAAAUUCGUGUAACACGACCAGCUGAGAACGACACAGUUGAGAAUCCCAUAGCCGUGGCCGAGCGGCGCGCCGAGGUGCAGGGCGAGGAAUCGCUGAAGGAAACGGAGCGCGACGCGGAAGUGCAAGACAAAACGGUGGCCAAGGCCGAGCGGCGCGCCGAGGUGCAGGGCGAGGAAUCGCUGAAGAAAAAGGAGCGCGACGAGGAAGUGUACGAGAAGACGCAGGCGAAGGUAUCAAAGUAGAAAAAGCCCCCUUCCCAUAUCGGAAACAAAAUUUGUCAUGCUGUAAUAUUUGAGUACAGGAGAAAUCAAAUCGACCUGUAUUGCUAGCAGGCAAAGAGGCGCAGCUGUGGCCUCGUUUUCACCAGGCCAUUUGUCGUGCUGUUUCCCAUUUCCAGCUGCCUCCUAUCAUGCUGAAGAUGUGGUUGCAAGGCUUUCCCUCGCAACCCAGCACUACAGUCCGCAUCUUUAUUUCCCUGCUAGCAUGACAAAGCUGAUUUGUGGCCAGAAAUCUGCAUCACAGACGUCCGAUUUGAUAUGGGGAGGGGGGAUUUUUCGUCUUGAUAGAAGGCCGAGCACAAGGCCAUGAUUGCGGCCGAGGAGGUCGGGAAGGAGAAGCAGAAGUUGUACGAAGAGAUGCAGAAGGCCGAGGCGUAUCCUGUGCAAAAGUCUCGUGCUCGUAUUGAUGCAAUCAUGCCUUAGCCUUACAGAUUUUCCCUUACAAAUUUUCUUGUUAAGUCAAAAAAUCCGCAUUACAAAUUUUAUUUCUCAUGCUAAGGAACAAAAACAAAGUUGUAGUGCAUUUAUACGACGAGUGCGAUACUUUUGCAAUGCAUAAGGCGAUCCGACAGCGGCGGGCGGAGGAGCAGGUGGAAGUGGCCGCCGAGCGCAAGCUGCGGGCCGAGGAAGUGCAGAACAAAACGGCGGCGGCCGUGCAGCGCAAAGCCGAGGUGCGCACCGAGGAGUCUGCGGCGGACAAGCUGCGGGCGGAGGAGGUGGCCCAGAAGGCGGUGAAGGCCGGUAUAACUUGCUCAAGCGUUACAAUCUCAAACGUUACAAUAGAAUCUGAUGAGCCUGUGUUGCAUGAUGAGCAUGACAGACUCGCAGAGCGUUCCACUUUGUGCAAUACAAAUUUCGCCAGUUUGUAAUGGUGUUUGGGGCUCCGGAACUUGUCAUGCGCAAUCCUAUGAGAGUUGGCUAGGUCAUGCACUCUUGCAUCACAGAUUUCCAUACUCUGUUGUAACGUUUGAGAUUGUAACACCUGAGCGGGUUAUAGCCGGCGAAGCCAAGGCCGAGGUGUUGGCGGCCGAGGCCGCGGCGCGCAAGACGCGGGCCGAGGUAUCAAAUGUAAAAAUGUCUGGGUCUGGAAGGUUGGAACUUGUGAUGUUAACUUUGGAUUCUAAAAAAAUUGUAUUGCGUGACCAGCCAGAGAAGUCUAGUUUGUGCUACUCAGGGAGGGCAUUUGUCCUGCGGAGUAGGCAUCAGGAAGCCCUCUAAAAAUCUGUGAUGCUAGGUCGUGCAUGACAGACAUCCUGGGUCAUGCAAAAUAUGCAUGACAAACCCGGCAACAUUCCAGACCCAGACAUUUUUACAGUUGAGACGAGGAGGUGCAGAACAAAACCAUCACGGCGGGGCAGGCCAAGGCGGAGGCGCUGGUGGAGGAAGCUGCCAAACGAAAGCUGCGGGCCGAGGAGGUGCGCAACAAAACCAUCGCCGCGUCCGAAUUCAAAGCGGAGCUCGCCGUCGAGGAGUCGGCAAAGGAGAAAUGGAAGGGGGGCGAAGAAGAGGAAAAAAUUCGCCUCCAAACCAUUCGUAUUGACUGUAAAAAUGUCUGGGUCUGGAAGAAUCCAACUUGUCAUGCUGAUUUUGGAUUCGAAAAAAAUCUGUAUUGCAUGAGCAGCAAAGAGAGUCCAGGUUUUGCUACACGGAAAGAGCAUUUGUCAUGCGGUAUAGGCAUCCGGAAGCCCUCACAAAAUCUGUGAUGCUAGGGCAUGCAUCACAGACAUCAGGAGUCAUGCAAAACGUGCAUGACAAACCUGGCAAUCUUCCAGACCCAGACACUUUUACAUUUGAUAAUUCGCGAGGCGGAAUUCGCGGCGGAGGAAGCACAGAAACAGGCCACCCGGGUAUCAAAAGGAAAAAUCCUCCCUCCCCAUACUGAAGAGGUAUGUUUCUAAGAAUUUGCGAUGCUGAUUUGUGACCAGAAAUCCUGUCUCUCUUGCAAGAGGGCAAACUCAGAGACUCCGCCACGGUAUGCAGGCGAUUUGUAAUGCUGCAAGGCCGAUAGGGCAGACGUCUGCCAUGCUAGGCCCCUCCACUAAGAGGCCCCCCCUUAGGCUUACGAUCUGCGUGCAGUCCUUUACUGCAAGACAAACGUGAUUUGUGUACUGAAAUACAGCAACACAGAUUUCCGUUUUGAUAUGGGGAGGGGGGAUUUUUCUUCUUGAUACCGGGCGGAGGAGAUGGCCAACAAGACCAUCGUAUCAAAUGUAAAAAUGUCUGGGUCUGGAAACUUGUGAUGCUGAGUGGCGUAGCAUGAGGAGGCCACAAGUGCUGGCUCAGCAUGACAAACUUCUGAGCUUGUAGGUGUUGCCUAUUCUGCAUGACAAAUUGCGUCUCCGUAUGACAGAAAAAUGCGGCUCUUGGGCAACGUGCAUGACAGACUUAAGAGUCAUGCUAGACAAGCAUGACAAACAUGCAUUCUUCCAGACCCAGACAUUUUUACAGUUGAUACAUCGCGUUUGAAGAGCGCAAGGCCGAGCUGCAGAGCGAGGAGGCCGGGAAACUGAAGACCCAGGUGGAGGAGGCGCGCAACAAAACCAUCAUGGCCCAGGAACGGGAAGCCGAGCUGCAAACCGAGGAGGCGGGCAAAGAGCGCACGCGCGCGGAGGAGGUUGAGAAGAAGACCAUCAUUGCCAUGGCCCGCAAGGCGGAGCUGCGCGUGGAGGAGUCUGCGAAAAUGAAAACGCGGUCCGAAGAAGCCCAGGAGAAGUCCGUGCUGGCGGUAUUGUGAGGAAAAAUCACCCCUUCCCAUAUCGAAAAGGCGCGCUUUUCAAAAUUUGUGAUGCUGAUUUGUGACCACAAAUCCAGUCUGUCUUGCAAAGAGCAAAGCCAGGGCAGCUUCCGCUGCAUUUCGCAGGCGAUUUGUAAUGCUGAUACGCUACUAGGUUCAGACGUCUGCCGUGCUAAGUGCCUACCCCAAGGAGCCACCCCUUCGCGUGCUUUGUAUUUGUCUACAGUCCUCUACCUCAAGACAAAUCCGAUUUGUGUACACAAAUCCUGCGUCGCAGAUCUCCAUUUCGAUAUGGGGAGGGGGGGACUUUUCCUUUUGAUAGGCGGCGGAGCGCCGCGCGGAGUUGCAGGCCGAGGAGGCCGGGAAAAACAAGACCAAGUACGGCGUUCUCAAACGUUACAUUCUCAACUGUUACAUGAAUUUGUGAUGCAAGAACCGCAACAGUGAAAGGGGCAAUCGUGCAGCCCAUGCAUCACAAAUCCGGCACAGAUUUAGCUGCUGUUUAGCCCUUCGGGGAUUUGUCAUGCGAGGUUGCUUGAUUGUCUGGUGGCUCAUGGUAGUUUUGCAUGACAAAUCAUGUAACAGCUGAGAGCGUGACGUUUGAGAAUCCCAUACCAAGCUGGAAGAGGUUUUGGGUAAGGCCCUGAAGAUGAAGCAAAACAAGGCGGAGCUCGCGGCCGAGGACAUGGGCAAGCGGCGCACGCUGCUAGAGGAGCAGCACAACAAGACCCUUUCGAUCACCGAGCGCAAGGCCGAGGUGAACACGGAACAGGACAACAAGCGCCGCACGCGCGCCGAGGAGGUGAGCAACAAGACGCUGGAGGACACCGUGCGGCGGGCCGAGCUGCAGAUGGAGGAGAUGACCAAGGCGCGAACGCGCGCGGAGGAGGUCCAGAACAAGACAAUCAGUGGCACAGAGCGCAAAGCCGAGCUGCACGCCGAGGAGUCUGGGAAAUCGAAAACCCGCACCGAAGAAGAGGCGGACAAGGCCGACGCCAACGGCGAGCGGAUCAACGAGCUUCAGCAGGAGCGCAUGAAGAAGGAGCUGGCCGCCGGCGCGCGGCAGCAGGAGCUGGCGGCGCAGGCGCAGCGCGAGGCCAUGGACGAAAACCUGGAAAAGCGGGUGGUGCGGCGAUCGCAGAGCCAGAUGGCCGAAUUCAACAAGACGCGGGCGGAGAACCUGGAAAAGCGGAACGACGCGUAUGACACCCUCAGAAUGGAAAUCCUCCAAGUGGAAAUAAUUUGUGAUGCAUGAUGAAAUGCGGCACCAAAAAGACUGUAUUGCAGAGAACGCAAUGGAGGCCGACAAGUGUGCUUGUACGGGUUCAGAAUUGGGCUGCUGAUUAGCAUGGGAGAAGGGCACCCCUUUGCCUAACUAGCAUGACAGACACGCUUUGAGUGCCCGGGAAAUUUGUCAUGCGCCGACUAUAAAUGGUGCUCCAAGUGGAGUCGUUUUUUUGCAUUACAAAUUAUUUUCACUUUGAGGAUUUCCAACCUGAGGCUUUCAUAACGCGCUGGACCGGGCCACCGCGGCCCGUUUGCAAGAGGAGGCGGCCAAGGUGGACGUGGCCAACAAAACCGAGACCUAUCAACGGGUGAUGUCCGAGACCGUGACCAAGGCGAACAAAACGCGCAUGGACUGGAUCGACGCCAACCUGCAGGCGCAGGAGGAAAAGGAAAAGACCGGCACCGCGGCGAACAAAAACAUCUCGGACGCCCUGGUGAAGAUGCAGCUGGACCGCGAACGCGCGGCGGACGCGACCGCCAAAAUGUUCGGGGCCACCAUUGCCACCCGCAUCACUAAGGAAAACGCCGAGAAGCGCGUGGAAGUCUUUCGAAAAGCGGAGGAGGAGGCCAAGAUCAAGAGCCGCGCGGCCUACGAGCGCGCCAAGGACGCGUAUCAAAAGGAAAAAUCCCCCCUCCCCAUAUCGAGCAGGUAUGCUUCCGAAAUAAAUUUGUGUUGCUGGUGAUUUGAGGUCACAAAUCACAUUCGCCUUGCAACAAGAAGACAAGGGCAGAAGCUUCCGCCCCAUUAUGGAGGCGAUUUGUCACGCUGUUGGGCCUAAGAGUGAGCCGCCUGCCGUGCUGCGCAACUAGCAGACCCAUACGUCCCUACCUAGCCUGGGGAUCUGGCCGCAAGAAGGCCUCUCCGCAACACAAACCUGAUUCGUGUACACAAAUCAAGCAUCAGAAGUUUUUCCGUUUUGAUAUGGGGAGGGGGGAUUUUUCCUUACGAUAACGCGAAUGAGAUCGCCACCAAAAUCCAGCUGUCGGAGGCAAACAACAAAACGUCGGCCGAGUCCGAAUAUCAAAUGUAAAAAUGUCUGGGUCUGGAAGAUUCUGAGACUUGUCAUGCAUGUUGUGCCUGGGCCAUGAUGUCUGUGAUGCAUGCCCUAGCACCACAGAUUUUUUGAGGGCUUCGCGAUGCCUAUUUCGCGUGACAAAUGCCCUCUCCGCGUAGCAAAAAUUACACUCCCUUUGCUGCUCAUGCAAUACAGAUUUUUUUGGAAUCCAAAUGCAGCAUCACAGGUUGCAUUCUUCCAGACCCAGACAUUUUUACAUUUGAUACCGAACGGAAAACCGCGAAACUGGAGCAGGAAAAGAAGGAGACCGAGGCCCGUGCCGCCGCGGAAGAAUUCCGCAAGCAGUCGAAGGCCAACAUCGCGGAACACGCCGUGAAAUCGCAAACCUGGGCGGACAAGGUGGCCAACGCCACAAGGGAUGCCGAGCUGCUAUGGCGUUCUCAACUGUUACAUUCUCAACUGUUACAUGGAUUUGUCAUGCAAAAGCACCAUUAUCAUCCUCACGAUCAAGCUGCUCCGCAUGACAAAUCUGCGGAGGGCUAAAUAGCACUAUAAUCCUUCCCAAAUCUGUAAUGCAAAAGGCGCAAUCUUCCUCCUUUCACUUUUGCCCUUCUUGCAUUACAAAUUCGUGUAACAGUUGAGAAUGUAACAGUUGAGAACGCCAUAGCUGCGGUCCGCCGAGGAGCAGGCCAACAAGGAGGUGUAUGGAAGCGUCAGGUUUGAAAUCGACAAAGUUGAAAUGAUUUGUCAUGCAAAAAAUGGAUGCCAGUUGGAACCCAGUUUCCAAAUUUUGGUGGUCCCCAAAUCCAGUUUGUCAUGCUGUUUGGGCAAAGAAGACCGAUUUUCUCAUGCUCCUUUAGCUGCUCGAGCUCUAACCCCAAACAGGCUACUUACAAUCGGCCUCACUUGCCUGCUCUGCAACACACGUACCUCGGGUCAUGCACUUUAUGCAUCACAAACUAUUGCAACUUUGACGAUUUCAAUCCUAACGCUUCCAUAAGGUGCUGGCCGAGAGUAACGAAAAACUCCAGAAGACCGAGUUCCGCGCCAAGCUAUCCGAGUGCACAACUUCCCUUCUUCCGCCUCAUUUGUCAUGCAAAUUGAAAAUCCGCACAAUCCUAUCUGGUGUGUCUGCAUGGCAAGUUACGAAAGCCCAAUCGCCACUAGAGUUGUGUAAGCGUAAAUUUGUCAUGCAAAUAAACAAGAAGAAGUACUACAUGUUGUUCCAGGUGGUUUGUAUUGCUGGAACAAAUUCAAAUGCCCUCCAAAUCAUAAUGAGGGGAAGGAGAGCAGUUGUGCAAUGGGAUACAAGCAGCAGGCGAACGACAAGCAGCAGGACGCGAAGACAGAGGAGGAACGGUCGAAGCGGGACCACGAAAUGAACGAAAAGGAUUUGGUCGCCGCAGCCGAAAUAUGAAUUGCAAAAAUGUCUGGGUCUGGAAGAUUGGAACUUGUGAUGCAUGUUCCGCAUCAAACAAAAAUCUGUGUUGCGUGACUUGCAAAAGGUGGCCAGUUCUGGCCAUGCUGAGGGGGCAUUUCUCAUGCAGAACAGGCAUCACAGAGGGACUGCAGAUCCUCUGAUGCUAGGUCCUGCAUUCCAGACUUAGUGGAGCUUAGAGAAACUGCAUCAGAAGUCUCGGAAUCUUCCAGACCCGGACAUUUUUGCAUUUGAUACGAAAAGUCCGCGAAGGAGUCGGCUGAACGGGCCACGCUGCGCGAAAAGGCCGCACUUGCGGUAAAAAACAGCAGUUCUUUUAUAUGCAUAGCUGUCUGAGUCUCUUGUUUCUACUACUUACUUAAGUUUAUCAUGACAGACCACGCUGGAAUGUUUUUUACGGCUGACCGUUUGGAUUAAAUUGAAAUUCUGUCUUGUCCUAGCGUCGUGUUUAAAAUUCGAGAAGUCUCUGUAGUCUCGGAGUGGUCGUGUUGUAGAUGGGUGCUCUUUUUCUUUCACCCGGAAGAGCAGCAACGACGUUGCUCUUUUUGUACCAAUUUGGCACGACCCGCUCGAAGAUGCUCAGGAUUCGUGUUGUAAUUGAUCAAAAUAUAAAUAAUUUUUUUUAUAGAUACGUAAAGCGUAAAGGGACUUUUUCAUGUUUCAGGUUGUCACGGAAUUAUCCCCCAGAAAAAGACCGACAGGUCAUAUUUGUAAUGCAAAAAUAAAUAGACAAAAAAAUCUGUAUUGCAUGCCCUAAACAGGAUGUUAUGGCCUCGCCCAUGACAGAUUUUCCUGUGUAUUUAUUUUUGCAUUACAAAUAUGACCUGUCGGUCUUUUUCUGUGGGAUAGGAAUAUCAGCAAGCAGAGAAGGACUGGGAGGACCAGGAGAAGGAGAUAUGGAGCUGUCAGAAUUGAAAUUGACAAAGUUGAAAUGAUUUGUCAUGCAUAAAACCGAUACCAAUUGGGCCCACAGUUUCUAGUCGGUGCAUGACAAAUUUUGGUCGUACCGGAGGCCAGUUUGUCAUGCUGGUUAGGGCAAAGGGGCUUCCCUCUGUGAUGCUGAUCAGCAGCCCAAUUCUCGACCCUUACCAGCACUACAAUCUGGCUCCCUUACGUCCUCUGCAAUAGAGGCACUUUCUUCGUUGCAUUUCAUGCAUGAUAAACUAUUUCACCUUUGACGAUUUCGAUCCUGACACCUCCAUAGGAGAGCGAACGCAAGUACAACGAGGCGGCGGGGAAGAUGGCCCUGACGAAAAUGCACGAAGAGCACGAGAAGCAGAGUCUCGAGCAGCAGGCCAUGGUGGUGGAUCAGGCGCGCAACAUGACCCAGAAGGCGGAAGAAAACAUGAAGCUGAAGCAAGCGGAGGCCGUAUCCUGAGUAAAAACGUCCCCACCCCAGAGUUGUCAUGCAGAUCUGCAAGCACAAGAGCAUUUGUAAUGCGCGAUCCCAUGAGGGGCAUUAUCAAUCGUGUUUUGAAACUUGUAAUGCUGUAAACAGGAUAAGAAGAUCGCUUUGUUAUGCGGCUUCCCUUGCUAAACUGCACUAUACUACAGCCUGCAACUUGUCAUGCGUCGCUACCAAAACUUUAAGGUUUCUGUUGCAAAAUCCCCAUCUUGACUCUGGUGUAGGGACAUUUUUACUCAGGAUAGGCCGACACGAAGAUGAAAGAGCAAGAAGUGUCCGCGAAAGAUCAGGAGGAGCUGCGGCGCGCCAACAAGGCAGAGAUGGAGAAGAAGUACGAGGAAGCGGAAAUCGCCCGGCGGAAGAUCAUCGCCGAGCAGCGGGCCAUAUCAAAUGCAAAUUUUUUUUUUAUCGAUCUGGGUGAAUCCGUUGGAAGUAGACUGCGUUCGGUUCUUGAUCUCAUGCGACGUCUUUUGAACCACAGAAGUCGAAGUGGUCUACUACUUUGCGGGUUGUAAAAUAUAGUAUCUACACAUUCCAUACAGGCCCUGCGAAGGCUUCAUGAUCUUCGCAAUGCCUGUCCCGUGUGAGAAAUCGAAAUCCGCUGCUUGCACAGCGAGAAGGUGUGGUCGUGCUGCUGGGGACUUCUGACUAUGCGUUGGCGCUCAUGGAACACAAAUGAUUUUUGUACUUACUAAUAUCCCCAAGGAGCAACACAAGUUACGAUCAUUUUUCCGCACCACCCAGAUUGAUAGUUUACAUCGUUGCAACUGCAUAGGCCAAGAUGGAUGAAGAGGUCGACGCCAAGCGCGACCACGAUGCCAAGGAGAAGGCGCAGCUGGCGGCCGCCGCCACCGCCGAGACUUUGGAAAAGACGUGGAAGCAGGGCAACAACUCUGCCGCUCUGCAGGAGCUGAUUUGGGUAUCCUGUGCAAAAGUAUCGUACUAGUAUGAAUUGCGAUUACAAAUUUUCUCCGCAUGAGAAAUGGAAUUUGUAAUGCUGAUUGACCUUACAAAAAAGAUUUGUAAUGCAUAACUGCAAUUACUACGAGUGCGAUACUUUUGCAAUGCAUAUUGGGAGGCCAAGAACAAGUCUGCGGACGCGGAGGCCGCGCGAAAGGACUCUGAGACCACGUCGAAAGACGUCUUGCAGGCACAGCACGAAUCUGAGCAGCAGGACAAAACCGCAGCGGGAAUUCUGUACGACAGCACGGUGAAGGCCGCACAGGUGGCGGAGCAGCAGGCCAAGGCGUCGCAACUGAUCAAGGAGCAGGCUGUGGCGGACUUUGAGGCGAAAAACAUUGAAGCGACCAACAAAAAGGACGAAUGGCUGAAGCGGCGGGCGGAGCUGAUAUGAACCGCAAAUAUGUCUGGGUCUGGGAGAAUGCGAGAUUUGUCAUGCUAGUCUGGUAUAACUCUAAACUCUGUCUUGCGUGCCAACGAAGAGGCCCCCUUGUCUGUCAUACAAAAACGCAGUUUCUCAUGCGGAGUACGCAACUCUGAACCACGGAAAAACUUGUCAUGCUGGGGAGCGCAUUAGUACAGUGUGCUUAAUAUUCCCUUCCUUGCAUCACAAAUUUCCAAGAAACCCAGACAUAUUUGCAAUGCAUAGCUGACGGCCAAAGACCAAAACGCCACCAAGGAGGCCGAAGAAAUUCUGAAGGACACGCACGAGGUAUCCUGAGUAAAAACGUCCCCACCCCAUAGUCAAGUUGUCAAAUCUGCAACACAAAUCCACAAGUUUUGGCUGUCGAGCAUGACAAGUUUGGGUUCGUAGUGUAGUCCUGUUUAGCUAGUGCAGCCGCAUGACAAAUUGGCUACCUUAUCCUGAUUCCAGCAUGACAAAGCACCAGAUAGAGUUGGAAAAUGGCUGUCAUGGGGCUCCGCAUGAGAAACAUUUUCAGCAUGCAGAUUUGCAUUACGACUAUGGGGUGGGGACGUUUUUACAUAGGAUACGAGGCCUUCGUCAAGAAGCAGCAGGAGCUCAUCAACAAAAACGUGAACAAAACGGCGCAAACGGAGGAGGCGACCAAGCUCGCUAACCAGAACUUCGCAAAAAUGACGGAAGAACUUGCGAUGAAGCAAAACGUAUGCAUUGCAAAAGUAUCUUCGUGCUAAUGCGUAUGGAUUGGAGUUGCAAUAGCAAUACAAAGUUUAUUGUCAGCAGGAAUAGAAAAGUAUUUUGUAAUGCUAUUUCAGGUAGAAAGUUGGAUUUGCUAUGCGUGACUGCAAUUUCAUUUUACUACGGGUCCGAUCGUACUUUUGCAGAUGAUAGAACGACAUCGCGGUUGUGGCGGAGCAAGCGGUCAAAGAGGAAACCGCGAAGAAGAAGAAGGAGCAUAUGGCAGUGUCAGGAUCGAAAUCGACAAAAUCGAAAAACUUGCGAUGCCUAAAUUCUAGGGCACGCAAGGCCUGUGUUGGUCGAGCAGGCAAGUGAGACCGAUUGCAAACCUGUUUGGGGCUAUGCAAAAAUGUGCUACCGGAGUAGCUGUAUGAGAGGAGCAGUCUUCUUUUCCCAAACAACAUGACGCGCUGGAUUUCGGUGCAGCUCCCGAAAUUUGUCAUGCGCCACUUGGAAGCUGAGGCUUCAACUGGUUGUAUCGAUUUUGUGCAUGAUCACAAACCGUUUCGAUUUUGUCCAUUUCGCUUCUGACACUUCCAUAGAGCAAGAAGAGGCCGUAAAGCAGAGCAUCGCGUUGGGACAGGCCGACGUGACCAUCGAGAUCGGCGUGGACAUCAGCAGCGCGCUAGUGCUAUGCACUGCAAAAGCAUCGUACUCGUAUUGCAAUAAUGCGUUUACAAAUCUUUUUCUUGAGGUAGAUCAGCAUUACAAAUUCUACAAAUUUUAUUUAUCAUGCUGAGAAAACUUGUAAUGCGUUUAUACGAGUGCAAUACUUUUGCAGUUCAUAAGUGCCUCCGAACCUGAAGACCAAAGAAGACAUCAUGAUGAACGGCACCGGACUGCUGGCGGAGCUCGCUUCCGCCCUGGCGCUCUCCAUUGCCGGGAUCGACAAGACGCAAGUGCGCUGGAACAACGCGACCGUAUGCACUGCAAAUAUGCAGUCUGAGUCUGGAAACUUGUGUUGCUGGUUGGAAAAAGACGCGCCCGGCUCAAUUGGCUGCAAGGCAUGACAAGUUUCGGAAGUGCUACCGUGUUAUGUAUUCAGCAUGACGAUAAACAACUGGGCGUCUGCAACAUGACAGAAGAAUGGAGCUUUUCCGACAAACUUGAGAGUCAUCGUCAUGCUAGCCGAGCAUGACAAACUUUGCAUCAGAUUCCAGACCCAGACAUAUUUGCAGUUGAUAGACCGGAGGUGGAAACAACCAAACCACGCUGCUCCAGACGCAGCUACCGACAUCGUCGCAACUACAACAUCGAGGGAAAACCACUAGUAGAGAUAGCAACAAAAAAGAUUCGAAGCGCAAGUCGCACGUGCUGUCGGCCGACAGUGCAACGACGAGUUCAAUUUUUGCAGCGUCAUCUUCAUCCUCCGCAGUCAAUUUGUACAGUGACGAAGGCGUCACGUUGAUGCAGACCGGUGCUGCGGCGUCCGAGCGUCGGGUGAAGCGCCGCUACAAGUCCUGGCGCACCGAGGAGACGGUCGCAGAGCGCAAGCGGCAGGAGCAGCGGUAUAACGAGCGCAGAGAGAAGAAGCACCGGCAGGGCCGCGAAGCGACGUCCAAGGAAGGGUUCUUCACAACGACGAACAUUACCAGGGUCGAGGUGAUUCUCACCGUGCCCACAGAGUACAUGAACUCCCUAGAGGCAUCGCUGCACUCCCCAGCGGUGCAGCAGGAAGUAGUGGACGCCUGCGAUCCGAUCGACGGCCUCAUGCUAGUCACGGUCGAGCCGGUGGGCAUCAGCUACGUGCCCCAUCUCGCGCGAACCACCACCACCACCACGACCACCACUACGACGACCUUCGGGCCGCCGAAUUUCAUCCGUGAGUUCGCCAUAUCAAAGUGAAAAAAGCCCCCACCCCAUACCAAGACGAAAUUUAAAUUUCUGAUGCUAGAUUUGCGUGCACAAAUCAGAUUUGUCUUGCAGUAGGGGACUGCAGGCCGAUAUCAUGCCAGUGUGCAGAGGUUUUGGCCUAGGCACUUAGCAAGGGGAACGCCAACGCCUAUGCUGCAGGACCAACAGCAUUAGAAACCGUGUGCAUAAUGGGGCGGAGCCCAUGCCGUUGCUUUCUUGCAAGGCAGACGCGAUUUGUGGUCACAAAUCAGCAUCGCAAGGCGUGGCCCCUUUUCGAUAUGGGGAGGGGGGAUUUUUCCGUACGAUACGCCAUGGGCAUGGACCUCCCCAGCACGGACUCCGCCCAGGACGUGGUCAGCUCCCAGCCCUUUAUCGAUGGAUAUGCAUUGCAAAAGCAGCGCACUAGUUUGAAUGUUGGCAUCACAAAUUUAUUGUUCAUCGGCAUUAAUUAUUUAUAAGUGGAAAUUGUAUAUGCUGUUUUAGGUUUGCGUUUGGAAAGAGAUUUUUAUGCUGCACGACUGUCUGCAAUUUCUACGAGUGUGGUGUUUUUGCAGUGCAUACCAUUUUCAAGGAGGCCAUUGCCGCCUUCCUGUCCGUAUGAACUGCAAAAGUAUCGUACUAGUAGUAGUACUUGCAAUACAAAUUAGCUCAGCAUGACAAAUGGAAUACGUCAUGCUGCUUUACCUUGGGAUGGAGAUUUGUAAUGCAUGAUUGCGAUUACUACGAGUACGAUACUUUUUCACUUCAUAGUCCGCCGGUACGGGUACCGAGAUCGACGCGUCCCGCAUCGUGAACUUCACGGCCAUAUCAAAUGCAAAAAUUUCUAGGUCUGGAAGAAUGCAACUUGUGAUGCUGCAUUUGAAUGUCUAAAAAAUUUGUGUUGCAUGAGCAGCAAAAGGAAUCUAGUUUUUGCUACGCGGAGAGGGCAUUUGUCAUGCGAAAUAGGCAUCAAGAAUCCCUCAAAAAACCUGUGAUGCUAGGACAUGCAUCACAGACAUCAUUGCUCAUGCAAACCGUGCGUGACAAAACCGUGCGUGACAAAGAUCCCUAAUCCGUAGCUCCUAGACGUUGCCUGGCCCGCGAAUGACUCCAGGGCAGCCGGAUGGCCGUGGCCUGGUUAUAAAAGGCUUCGUCGAUCGAUUGCGCCACUAGGGCCUUGUGUUCCGGCUACUCCGGAUCGCAAUCGAUGGAGGGCGGGACCUGCACCGGCGACAGGCGCUAUCCAACCAACCAACCAACCAAAUCUCAGAAUCUUCCAGACCCAGACACUUUUGCAUUUGAUAGGCCACGGCGCAGACGCAGACGGGGCAGAGUGGCGAACUUUUGCUGCUCCUGGUCUCAAAGGCCGCCGGUAUGGAAGCGAGUGUGGUCGAGGGUACGGUGGAGGCCUACUUGCCCGACCCCGUGGCCGGCAACCUGACCUGGCCCGACACGGGGCUGGCCACCCCGGACGACCGGGUCUUCCUGACGAAACUUCUCGAAGCGAACCUGUGGGCGACGGGCGUCCACACCGACGUGAGCUACUUCCUUGGGGGCGAAACCACGACGACGACCACCACGAGCACCACCACGACCACCACCACUGUCACGGUAAUAUCUGUGCUGCAACGUGCUAAUUGCGUCUUUUUUAACCUGGCUGGCAUUGACUCCAACUGCCCGCAGUCCCCGAGUCUCUUGCAGUUGCGGUAGUCUUGCAUUCAGUAUUGUACUUACGUACAACAGUGAGAGGAUGAAAUUCAGGGACAACAGUGAAAAUUCAGUAUGCAAUACCCCUUCUGAGUUCCAAAACCACUACUAGAAAUUCAAACACUAAGCCUCUUGCUUUUUUAAAAUUAACAUGAUGACAUAAAAAGACAUACUUUUACUAUUUUUACUUUUUAUGUACAUAUAUAUUAUACCACCUACAUUUAUAAUUUACACAUACUAGCCAGUGUCAUUUCAGUUUUGUCGGUGUUUGCAUUUCUGUCAUGUGUCAUGCUCUGCUACGUGAACAACUUGUAUAUUGUAUAUGUUCUUGGUAUGUUCUUGGUAUGUGCCUUUUGUAUUAUGCGAGCUCUGUUCCACUUAGCACCAUGCUUUUUUCCUUCCUCCGACAAUACUGGCAUGACACUGUGCUUAGAUAUGAUUUCUGGGCUGAUCACAAUACAAAAAAAAUAUAUUUUAUUCUUGACUUGUUGAAAUAAACCUUUGACCUGCUUGACUUUUUCCUCAUCAAAAAUCAACGAAUGCAUCUGGAUGUAAAACUAAAACAUCUUGACAUGAUGAGUUUCUCACUCUCGCUUCGUCCUCUGAGAAGUGAGAGACCAUGAUCGUUUCGUCUCCUCGGUUUCGAAUGACUGUUCGUGUUUUUCGACCAUUACGAGCGGGUCACCGAUAUCUCGAUCCUCGAAUUCUAUCUCUCGAUUCUCGCCUUAGAUUCUAUUCUCGAUUUCGCUUCGCUUCUCGUUUCGCCUUCGAUUUGUUGCUCGUAUCGAUUCCGUUGAGGUGUACCUCCGGUACGAGUGUCGAGUGUCGUUUUUGUUUUUAGUUAGGAAUUUUCGCCCACAUCAGGCAAUAUUCCUGCCUUGCUCGUGCGCAUACGUACGUAGAUCUCUUGGCUUUUGCCUUGAGGUUUAGGGUCGGAGCGCUCUCAGCACUGCUGAAGCUUUAGAACCAGAUGGGAGUGCACGCCCGGACGGAUCAGAGCACAAGGCUUACUAGCGCUUUUUGAAAGUAGAUUUUACCUUGCCUUCCUCUUGCUUGCCUUUUGUUUUCCCCGGGCCCUACUGGCACCAAGCAGUAUUUUUUGGGAUUGGGGCGCGACACCUUUCGGUGUUAUCUUAUCCUUUCCGGUUUGGGUAUGUUCACAUAGUAUUUUUAGGUUCAGAACAUGCGUUUUGCGCGCUUUCUCUGAUCAGGCCGUCCUACGCCCCUCCGCCACAUCUUCUUCCCUACGAUUCUACGUCCUGUUUCCGCCCCUGCCCGGUUCCAGCGUCGAUAGGGUUUUGAGGGUCUUAGGGUUCAGGAUAUUGUACUUACGUACAACAGUGAGAGGAUGAAAUAGAAAUACGUAGAAAGAUGAUAACUACGGAUGCACCUCGGUGCAUCAUUUUCGAGUAAGUGACGGAAAGGACGAGACUACUAUAUAAAGGGCUAGCAGAUCCCUGGAAAGCUAAUGCAAGGCGGCACGACUGGACCCGCAAUCGAGGCGGGGGUCGUGCCAUGGUUUUUCUUUUGAUUGGCUGGACUCAGUCUAGGUUGACUGGGGGCCGAUGUAGGAUUGGCACGGCAAUGGCCAUAGUUGACGGCGCGACGACUGGACCUGGUCCUGGUGAGGUGACUGGGGGUCGGGAUCGCUCAAAUUCUCCUCUGAAAAGGCUAGGCGGCUCCGUUUCGUGGAGCAGGGCAUCAGGAGGGCCCAGGGCCUCGGGCGUGGCUUGUGCGCACAGUGACGCCGGCAUUGUUAUCUACUAGGGCACAGCUAGCAGGAUGGACAUAGAUCCAGGAGCAGGGGGGUAUGGUAGUGCCCGCGCGCGUAGCGCGCAGUAUGGCUACGAGGCAUCAUCAAGGAACAAGGUUUAUUACCCGCUCGCCCUCACUAGGUCGGAGUCGGAAGCACUGUGGGUGCUGGUUAGGAGGAUACUGUAGCUCUCAUCCCGUGGCUGCGGAUCUACAGAUGGGUAAGACGAGGAGUUCGCAGGAAAGCUAGGAGUGGCCUUGGCCCACACUCAGCGGCAUACGUGUUUUCGUGCCUAUUUCUGACACGAUUGGCUCUGAAGGCUUGGCUGGUGAGAGUUUGGUCUUUGGCGUGGUGUGGGGCCACACGGAUUGGCAUCGGCAUAGGAUCGGGCUCGCAAAGCAAUGUAUGUAGGAAGCAGGCAUGUUGCUGUGGCAGGGGUAGUGUUUAGCACAGGCACUUUAUGGCACAGGCGCGGCAUUUUAGUUCGUGGACAUGCUCGAGGCAUCGACCGGAUGACCGGGGGAGUCGCCCUCUGUGUCAGGGCGCUAGGGCUUUACGGUUGAAUUGGGGCACUUUAUGGCUGAGGAAAGGCACUUUGCAGCCAGUAUUGUAUGGCUUGGAACUAGGAUUUGGCUCUUUGAGAUCAGUAAGACUGCGGCCGGACCGGGAGGUUUUAGGAGUGUAAGUCCGGGGUCUAUUUGGGCCGGAGGUCCAGAGCUUUUGUGGGGCUGGCGCUGAUGGAAAUGCUUGCGCCGCUGCUGGCAGUGGAGAAACUCAGCACACACGGGAUUCCACGGAGGGGGCCCAGGUUUUGGUUUUCGGGCAAGGCUUUCUCGUUUCGGCCGGCUUGGUGCAGCGGCAGUCUUCUCUCCUUUUCUCAGGAUAUCGCCCGGAACAGGCCUUGCAGGGAAUAACGUACGUGCCUAGUUCGAGGCAGGGGAAGCUGGAGCACUUUGCGCAGGCGCCAGCGCAUAGCUUGGCGUCCGGUUUCACACGAUGGGACUUUGGUUUAUUGGAUUCAGAGUUAGAGUGCCUCAUGCAAUCGGCUGGGGUUGGGCUGGGGAUGGGAUCUAGGGAUGGUUUCCGACCUCCCCUUCUCCUCGGUAAUUGUGUUGCGUGGACGGUAGAGGGGCGCUCUGUCUUCUGGUGCUGCCAACUCGGUGCUGGCUCGCUCUCUUCCGGGCCGUGUAGUAUGGGUCUCGCUUCACUGGUUUUAGGUUCUCGUGUAGUAUGGGGCUACGGUUUUUCGGCCCGUCGUGUGUUUUAUCUCUGUGUUUUCUCGUGUUGGCCAGAUGGCCUUUUCCCGUUCGUAAAGCUUGGCGGCUAUGACCACGGGGCGCGCUCCACUUGUGUUGUUUUGCCAUUCAGUAUUGUACUUACGUACAACAGUGAGAGGAUGAAAUAGAAAUACGUAGAAAGAUGAUAACUGUGAGGAUAGAUGUAUCAUGAAGAAGUGUUGUAUACUGCAUUUUUCCAAGAAGAUAAAGCGAAACUGUGAUCAUCACGAAUGAUCUUCACAAGGAACGACACCUUGUGCGCCAAGAUAAUUACUCCGAUUUCGUAGAUUUAUUUGCAGAUGUAAUUUCAAAAGUUUCGUCUAUUUUUUAAUUGCAUUUUUUUCAAAAAACACUAUGUUUCGAUCUGAGACUGCAAGGUAUAACUUGAUGUCACCUAGUAUAUCGAUUUACAAAUAUUGUCCGUAAAAAGCAAAGAAAACUCAUCCUGAUAUUAAAUACCAAAGCUAAACGGUGAGGGAGAAUGUAGCUCGAGUUCCUUCUGAAUUGCACUUAAGGGACACCUGCUACGAAUCGGAGCCGCAUUGUGGCUUCGAGCCUCAAAAUUUUGCAUACCAGAAAUAAUAGCUUUUCAAGGAAUUAUUUAGAUUUCCAUCGUCUGCACUUUUCAAAACAAAACCCCAAGAAAACAAAUCUGCUUGACGUAAGCGCUUCCCUGCUAAACGCAACCAAUAAAAUGCUUUUACCUAGUAAUCCUGAUUUUUACGUUUGAUAUGAUCACCUUAAAGAUAAAAAGUGUACGUAUUUUUUUUGCACAGUCAUCGCUCCGUAGAGAUAGAAGUAGCGUCACGAUAAAACUCUGCGUUGUUUUUUUUUCGCAGUCAAGUUGAUGACUACUAGUUUAUGAUCAGCAAUAGCUGCAGGGAAAGCAUCUCAACUGUAUGUUGUGUACAUACCUUUGGGUGACCCUCUUUCCCUUGAUUUCAUCAAACUUACUAGUGCUACUUCGGCCCUUGUUCGUGAUGUUGAUGUACGUAUUAAACCGUUUCGCACGACUUCGAAUAUUCUAUUUUCACUGUAUUUUUCCUUCUGGUUCAUCCGCACGACCACUGGUAAUCCUCUUGCACAGCCACGACAGCAGGCAGCCGCGGCACUGGUUCCAGUUGGCUCGGAAUGAUGAAUUUUGUCCAUACUUUUUCUGUAAAUUCUGCCUUGGACAUUUUGAGGAUGACGUAUGAACAGCACCUGUUGUACAACUAGCUGUAGGUCUUCACGACUUUCGACGGCCACGUAUGAUGAUACCACUGGUGAGCAGAAAGGAAUGACACAGCACUGGAGAUGAUGGC